CCCGUUGAACAGUUCCAUUAUUUGUGGGAAUAGAAAAUCGUCACAACACAGAAAGAGAUAACAAGGUGUAGAGCUGGAUGAACACAGCAGGCCAAGCAGCAUCAGAGGAGCAGGAAAGCUGACGUUUUGGGUCUGGACAGAAGGAGGUCAUUUAGUCCAUGUGUUGUAUCAGCUCUCUGAAGCACUGGAUAACCACUAUGAAAGGAGAAUGGAGUGUCCCCUCUGUGGUAAUUGGUUUUCUGAAGCACUAAUUCAGCAGCAUGCUUGGAAUUGUGAUGGAUCAAGAUUCGAGGAAGGGUUGUUGACUCAGCAUGGAGCAGCUUCCAUUGUGGGUGAGAAUUAUCAGCUCGCAACUUGCACCAGUCACUGUCACCAACGGUUGGUUGGAGAGGAUGCAGUUGUUUCCUCAGGUAUCACUGCAAUUCCACACUGCAGCACAGUGUAUUCUCAGGCAACAACAGCAGUAAAGGCACAAGAGUGUCCACUGUGUGGUCAGUAUUUCCCCAAUGAUGAAAUAAUGGAACAUGCAGCAUUCUGCAAUGGCCCCAGCUGCAGCAGGGCCCCGGAGCGAGAGAUUCCCGGCUGCAGCAGGGCCCCGGAGCGAGAGAUUCCCGGCUGCAGCAGGACCCCGGAGCAAGUAAAUGCCAUUAAAGAUGCCAGCAACACCAUGGAACUGUUUUGGAGCUAUAUCAAUGAAAAGGAGCAUGCAGUUCCCAGAGCAGCAGUUGGAGCUGAAGGAGCCAAGAAGGUUCUCAGCAGUAAAGAAGCAGAGGAAGGCAGUGUGCUGGACUUGGAAAAAGCACUACAAUAUUUGAGAAAGAUCGAACAGGCUAUAUCACAGGAUCCUGAAUUCAAACAGGUGUUUGGGCCCCUCCUGAAGAGCUCCAACCCACUACACAUUCUACAGUCCUUGUCAAACACCAUCUUCAGUCGAAAAGUCGCUACAGGAGCUGGGAAAGCUGCUCCUGUCUUUCUUUUCUUCCAGCUGGCAAAAUUAUUUCUGCCUGCAAUUUUGGAGUCAGAAUCCUUUGUUAUUUUUAAGAAAUGGGUUGAAGUAUUUAUUCUGAAGAUUGUUGUUCCUUGGAUCUCACAAAUGGGUGGCUGGGGACCAGUACUGUGUGCUGUGGCUGCUCUUCUAGCAAGUGGACUGAUAGUGGGUCUCAAGGUGCUGCUGAAGUCACCAAACUCAAAUUAAUAGUAGGACAGAUGCAGCUGACGUCCUUAUUCAGUACAUCAGAAAUGUGAAAAUUUGAUUGUGGAGGGAAAUUAGUUGUAAGUUGAAUAUAAACAUCAGCAUCCUUGCACAAACGACUUCAGUGGAAAAUAGAGCUUUUGUUUAAAAAUAGAAAAUUUGAAGCCAGGUGAUUACUUUAGAAAUUUCUAGAAACUAAAAGAACAAAGAACAGCACAGCAUAGGAACAGGUCCUUUGGCCCACAAGGUCUACACUGACACAUAAUGCCUUUAUAAAUUAAAAGCCUUUUGUUUCUACAUGUUGCAUAUUCCGCUUUUCCCUCCCUAUUCGCGUAUCUGUCAAGAUGCCUCUUAAAUGUUGCUAUUGUAUCUGCCUCUACCACCUCCCUGGCAGUGCAUUCCAUGUACUUACCACGCUCUUUUAAAAAAAAAACUUGCCUCCUGUAUCUCCUUUAAACUUACCCCCUUUUGCCUUAAACAUAAAUUCCUUAGUAAUUGAUAUUUCUACCCUGGGAAACAGAUUCUGAUUAUCCAUUCUAUCAAUGCCUGUCAUAAUUUUGUAAACUUCUAUCAGGUUGCCCUCAUCCCUUGAUGUUCAAGUGAAAACAAACCAAGUUUGUGCAGUAUUUCCUCAUAGAUAAUAGAUAAACCAAGCAACAUCCUAGUAAACCAUUUCUGCACUCCCAAAGUCUCCACAUUCUUCUUGUAGUGUAGCAACUAGAACUGUACACAAUAUUCCAAAUGUGGCCUAUUAAAGUUCUAUAGAGUUGCAACAAUUGCCAAUUUUUGUACUGUCUGCCCUGACUGAUGAAGGUAAGCAUGCCAUGUGCCAUACUGACAUGUGUUGUCGUUUCAGGGAACUGUGGACCCUGUAUGCCUAGAUCCUCUGUAUGCUACUAAGGGUUCUGCCGUUUACUGUGUAUUUCCCUCCUGCAUUAAAUCUUCCAAAUUGAAUCACCUCGCAUGUCUGCAUUAAACUCCAUCUGCCAUUUCUUUGCAAAGUCACCAGCCUAUCUAUAUGUAUGGGAAAGUUCAUGUCUCACAAACUCAGUUGAGCUUUUUGAGGAAAUGACAAAGGUGAUCAAGGGCAGGGUGGUAGAUGUUGUCUAUAUGGACUGUAGCAAGGCCUUUGACAAGGUCCCUUGUGGCAGGCUGACACAAAAUGUGAAGUCACAUGGGAUCCACAGUGAGCUAGUAAGAGGCCAAGGGAUGUUUAGAUAAGCACAUGAGUAUGCAAGGAAUGGAGCAAUAUGUAGCAAGGGCAGGCAGAAGGGAUCAAUAAAGGGCCCAUUCCUGUGCUGUACUGUUCUAUGUUCAUUUUCCUAGGAAUGUGCUAGUUUUCAACUCUAAUCAACUGGCCUUCAAAAGACUCCUUAAACAGUCAUCCCAACCUAUAUUCCCAAAUUCCUGCCUAAUAUUGUAGUAGUUCGCCUUCCCCCAAUUUAGCACUUUCACCCAAAGGCUGCUCUUAUCCUUACCAUAAGUAACUGAAAGCUUACAGAAUUAUGGUCACUGUUCUCGAAAUUCUGCCCGACUGAAACUUUGAUCACCUGGCUGGACUCAUUCCCCAAAACCAGCUCUAGUAUGGCCCAUUCCCUGUUUGGAUUAUUUACAUCUUGUUUCAAAAAGAUUGGAACUUCAUGAGCAUUAUUAGUGCCCUGUUUUGUGAGCUUGCUGUGGUUUUUCAGGGGACCAGUAAAUUAUCCACAUUGCAGUGGCCCUGAAGUUACAUAUGGACCAAACAGCAUGUUGGUGGCAGAUUUCUUCUCAAGAGGAUGUUUAUGAACUGGUUGUGUUUUAAUGACAGUUUGUCUUUCACUGAUAUCUAGUUUUAUACUUCCAGUUUUUUACUCAACCAAUUUCGAGUUGUCAGAUUGGAACAAUGGCUUCUGAACCCCUUGGGUCUGAAUUACUCAUCCAGUAAUUCUGCUGUCCCCAUGCAAUUUGAGAGUGUGGUAACAUUCACACUGGAAGGGAUAGUCUAGAUCUUGCAGAUUGUGCCACUGUAAGAGUGGCUUUAUUGCAAAAAAACUUGAAAUGUAUGAGAAAUACAAUAUGUUUUAGUGAGAAUACUUGUUGCCUAAAUCUUGUGGAGUUUUUAUUCCAGAAGAAAGUUUGACAAUGGGAAAGGAAAGUGUUUUUUAAAAAAAAAUCAUAUUGCUGGUGGGUGGUCCGUGAAGGAUUGAAUUAGUGUGGGUGAUCACAGGACUGGUGCCUAGUGGGUGUGGCCUUGCCACUUACCUCCCCUGUAUUUGUGUGCCAACUCAUUUAUUUUAUUUGUUCUUAGUGUGCGACCUUCUCUGGCAAAACCAGUGUUGUUGUCUGUUUCUAAUUCCCUUGAGGCAUUAAUGAUGAGUUAACCGCUAUAGUCAUUCUGGUAAGGAUAGGCCCACAUUGCUGUUAGGGAGCGAGUUCCAGGAUUUUCACCCAGUGCCAAUGAAGAAACAGUGAUUUGUUCCAAGUCAGGAUAGAGCGCAAGACUUCUAAAUGGCAUUGAUCCUAUCAUAUGUCUGCUUCCUGUAAGCUUACCAAGGUUCACUAUUGACUAUAGCUUCAAAGACUUUAGCAGUCAACAUUGUUGCACCUGACGUACUUAUGGAGAUUAUAUAGAAUGAUGUGCCUGAACAGAGAUUGGGAAGGGAAUUGUCUUUCAAAAUAUUAUCACUACCUUUUGUCAAAAUAAAUCUAUUACAUUAAUUUGAAAA